GCUCGAAAUCCCCGCCUUAUAAAUUACGCACGCCGACACGAUACGCCCCCAUCGAAUUCAGGCGCAAAAACCUCCAAAACCUUUGCAAUAUUCCUCGUAAAUCGUAAUUCCCCCUCGCGAUCGAGCUCGCGACGCCCAUGGCGAUGGAGAGAAACGCGGCGCCGCGCGUCUCGGCCUCGUCGUCGGCGGCGGCGUCGCCCUCCACCGUCGGUGCGCUCCUCUCGAAGGCCUCGGUGGCUGCCGCUCCCGCACGCGAGAUCCCCUCGCCGCGGUCGCUGCUGUCGCGCAUCCUCCAUAGGAGUGGCGGCGGCGGCGGCUUCGGGUGUCGCCUUCGCCUCCCCCGAUACUGCUCCAGCGGCGCGGCCGCCAAGGAGGACGCCGCCGCCGAGUACGUGGAGGUUGAGGUUGAGGCGGAGGCUGCGGCGCCGAAGGUGGUGGGCCGCCAAGCGGUUGAUCGCGAGUCGCCUCGGAGCUCGCUCGGGAAGAAGGCGGCGGAGGAGGUGUCGCCGGCGAGCCUGGGGCUGGGCGCGAGCCUCAUGCUGCUGCUCUCCAAGAGCGCGGCGGAGCUGAACAGGAUGGCGGAGCUCCGCGCCCAGAUGGAGCGGCUGGUGCUCGACACCAAGGGGGAGGAGGAGGCGCGGAGCAGCAACCACCCCAACGCGUCCGACGAUCACGCCGACAUCACCAAGGAGGAGCCCACCGCCUUCUCCGGCGGCGCAUUAUCCCGCUGCUCACGCACGGCCGCCGCCCCGGGAAACGCAGGGCACCACGCCGCCGUUCCAAUGGACCAGAUGGAAGCGGAGCUCGAGGCGGAGCUGACGCUCCUGCAAUGCGCGACUCCUCGUCGGGAUCGUCAACUCGAGAUCGGCGACGACGAGGAGGAGUCCACGGACACCCACGCGGCCACCUUCGCCGACGCCGACGAUGACACGGACGGUGCUGACGACGAGGAGGAGGAGGAGGAGGAGAGCGGGGCGGCGGCGCAGGGCGGCGUGUCGGCGAGGGAGCUGGAGAGGAGGCUGCACGAGCUGCUCCAGUGGCGGCACGAGGAGCGGAUCGCGGAGCUGGAGACGGCGCUGGAGCGCGCCAGGAAGAGGCUGCAGGAGAAGGAGCGCGAGGUUUGCUGGUGGCGCAACACCGCCAAGCUCGUCACCCGCCACAAGGACGACUCCCGCCUCAGAUAGCAAGAAUUAAUCCGCCAUGAGAUGAGAUCAAACAAGAACAAGAUCAAGAUCGAUCAUCUCGCCUCGCAGUGAUCCGUUUUGUACUCUGGUGAUCAUGCUGCAACUAGACUAGAAGAACAAAUUCCAACCAGAAAACAUUGAUUGCAUAAACUAACUGGGAUCACAGAUUCACAGGAUUCGGUUGCUGCAGCCUAUCAACAUUUGGAGCAGAUGGUAAGGUGUUUUUUACCUAUCUAGUCUACGGAUUGAUUCCAAGAUGAUUGUGUUUCGGCCUUUCAUUCGACCUCCAAACGUGACUAAAUUAAGAUGCAUGGAAUGACGCACAAUCUCUUACUAAUUUAUACUGUUCGGUUCGGUUCGGUUCAAUCACCAUCGCCGCGCGUAAAUCGAAUUAUUCCUACUCUACCUGGGCCAGCAAAUCAGGCCUCUCUUGGCUCAUCACUUUGAUAUAUCAUAUCACAAAAUUCAAUAAAAUAAAAUAAAAUGAAUUGAACUACACCACCAUCGGCUAUGCAAAACCUGCAGACCAUGCAACGUUUCCAAAAUUAUGUGGCUAAAUUCCUGUAGAAACAUAAUAAACUAGCUGUAUUCUGCACAAGUCAAAUUUGCAUCAGUUGCGGACUUUGCCAAGCAAGACUUGCUUGCCUUCUUGUCAAAGAUCCGUCUCUCACAAGGUAAGAGCAAAGAAACCUGAUUUCUUUUUGACUUUUGAGAUUCCUCAUCCAGAUUAUCUCAAUUGCCGCUAGAAUAUGCAAAACAACUUAAUUUGAUAGGGCGAUACAAAACAUCUGUGCUGUUCUUUUCUUAUAUUAUAUCAUCAAUAAAUAUACAGUGGGAUAACAUUCACAUAACACGGCAGAGGCAACAAGGAACCAGUACUUCCGAGAAGUUUCGUCUCCGUGGUGCCUCAGGGCUUAAGAGGUGGCCAUCUUGACUCAAAGAGGUCUCCGCCCGUGGCAGACACAAGAAACAUAUACAACUUGAAAGUAUUUAUUCUGUGUCGCAGCAAACCUCAAAUACACACCAGUUACCAUUCAUUCUGGAGCAACUCCCUUCCAUAUGCA